AUGUUUCACUUGUCCACUGGAACGCAAGGGCCCAAAUUUGCUUUCAAUUUCACCAUCCCUGAGCGUCUCCCCCCUCCUUCCGCUGCUGCAGUUUGGAGGUUUGGACCCCCAGGUGGGAAGGUUGCAGCAGAAGCAGUCACAGAAAAUGACACUCCAUCAAGGGAAGCCACAGAGAUACCAGAGAGUUUGGUCUCCCCCAAGCCUGAUCCAUUGGAUGCAACGAGCGGUAGAUGUCAAAGAGAUGAUGGAAGUCCGUCACUGAAGGAUGCUCAAGAAGUUGUGAAGUCCGAGAAGGUGGAAAUCCAGCCUGGAGAUGCUUUCCCUCUGGGCAGUGUGGUAGUCUGCAGGAAACAAUCUGGCCAGCCCUCUAAGUCUUCAUCAUGGUUCACUCCAUCCGACAGUAGCUCUCAGUUUCACUUAGAUCGUCCUGAGAGAACCCCAGAAGAAGUGAACAGAACCGCAUGUGAAGCAAACGGGGUAGACGGCUCUCAAGAGCAGACCGCAGGUGACGUUCCCCCGACACUGGAAGGCCAACGGGAGAUGUUUCACUUUUCCACUGGAACGCAAGGGCCCAAAUUUGCUUUCAAUUUCACCAUCCCUGAGCGUCUCCCCCCUCCUUCCGCUGCUGCAGUUUGGAGGUUUGGACCCCCAGGUGGGAAGGUUGCAGCAGAAGCAGUCACAGAAAAUGACACUCCAUCAAGGGAAGCCACAGAGAUACCAGAGAGUUUGGUCUCCCCCAAGCCUGAUCCAUUGGAUGCAGCAAACGGUAGAUGUCAAAGAGAUGAUGGAAGUCCUCCUUUGGAGGUUACUCAAGAAGAGAAGAAAGAAGCACCCCCGAAGGAAACAAGUGCCGCAGCUGCUGGCAGAUCAUCCAAGAGAAAAAAGAGAAAAAAACAGCCCUCAAAAAUAGAACCCAACCAAAAUGUGAAUGAAGAUAACAGACUCCGUGUCAAAGCCACAUGUGACCAGACUGAGAUGUGUCAGCAGCCUGAUGAGCAGUUGAAAAGAGAGGUGGACUGGUGUGUGGAGCAGCUGGAGCUAGGACUGAAGACUCAGAAGCCGACUCCAAAACAGGUGGAUGAGAUGCUCCGGGCCAUCAAGACGUUACGCAGCGAGAAAGCCAUCCUGGCCAAGAAGCGCCAGAUCAUGCGCUUCAUGUUUGGCGAUUACAGGAAGAAGAUGGCAGAAGACUGGCAGAAACAGCUGAAGCUCAUGCAGACAGCUUCAAAGGCCGCUCGUAUCACAGAAGUGACUGAAGAUGCCCGCAGAAAGAGCAGCCAGGUUUUCAGGAAGUCUGUGGAAGUGGCUGGGAGAAGUCAGAACCCCAAGGAUCCUCUUCUCAGCCCGGAAAACCCACAACAACCAGAGGCUGAUUUUUGCCCUUUUACGUUCACGCCAUCUCAAGAAAAGUUCCGGUUUAAUUUUUUCUAAGAACAAUGGUUGAACGCUUGUAGGCUGAUUUUUGUCAGGUGCUGACAAUUCUGGCCACAGUUUGCUUUGAAAGAAGCUUCGGCUUUUGUUGCACCGUUGCUUUUAAGGGUAGAAACAGAUGCAAAAAUGUUUAACAAAAUACCUGGGAGAGGGGAAGGGGAUGAUAUUUUGCAUCCUGCUUGCUACAGUCUCUGCUUUACAUCAAGGCGCCGUUUGGGUGGUUCAGCAGGUGGCUUUGCCAUCUCAUUUACUGACAAUAAAAUGGCCAAAUCUAUUUAUGAACAGAGGGCUGGAGGAAUAAUGGCAAGUAGCAAAAGAUACCAGCUUCCCUGGGAAGUUGGCCUAUGAAGGGAGAGCCCCUCUGUGUUAAAUGUACUCUUUGAAAGCUCUGCUUGAAUUGUAGAAUCAGGGAGAAGAAAGGGGUGUGUGUGUGGUUGUAAUGGAAACUGUAUCAAGUGAAGAGCUACAAGAAUCAAUAAAAAUAUCCUCCUGUA